AUGUCGCUCUCUCUGACGGGACGGGCGCUGCGUGCAUUCGCUCUCUCUCGCGCGGCUAGGCUCGGCGCCGGCUGCGCCGCGGCUGGUCUCGCCGCCUCUCAGACCGAGUGCCUCGGCGCGGAUGCUCGCCGCAUUUCAGAGAGCUGCGACGCGGUUGGCGUCGACAAGUCGCCGUCUACAGGACCGCGGCCUCUGAUGGAGCAGCUGACGAACCCUCCGCCGUUCGGGAGCGGCGCGUCGCGGUUCGACAUGUCCACGUAUGGCGGCCGAGCGCUGCACUUUCUGAAUGUGCUGGGCGACCCCACCACGCUGUGGACGAGCGCCGCCGAGCUGGAGGCGCACCGUGACUUGCUCAGAAGGCACGCAAAGGGCGAGAAGACCGGUGCGACCGACGCCGAGCUCUGGCGAGCCGACAAGGUCGUGACGGCCACCACGCGCGGCGAGACGGGCGAGAUGGUGCCUGCGCCUUUCCGCUUCUCGUUCUUCGCGUACGCCAACCUCGUCAUCUGCGCCGGCCUGCUGCGGCCGGACGCGUCGCUCGCGUCGGCUUGCGUCUUCUGGCGGUCGGCUGCCGCCAUGUCACAAGGGCGCUUCAUCGACGCGUCCACGGCGCGAGGCUCGUACAACGCGGGCGUCAACUGGUGCAACCGCUCCUCCGGCGAGGGCGACAUCCAGUCGCUCGCCACCGCCUACGUCGCCGCCACCGGCGCCGCUCUCGCCAUCGGCGUCGGCGGGACGGCCCUCGGCAAGCGGGCGGGCGGCGGCAUCGUCCGGCUGACGGUGCCGAUGUUGGGCGUUGCUCUGAGCGCCGUCCUCAACCUCGUCCUCACGAGGCGACGCCCGUCGAGGGCGGAGCUGGACGGAGUACCUGUGUACUCCACCGACGGGAUGGAGCUCGGCAUCUCCAAGGCGGCGGGAGUCCUCGCGCUCACAAAGUGCUCCGAGGCGCGCAUCCUCUGGACGUUCCUGCUGCUCACGGUGACGCCCGUGCUGUCGGGAGGCGCCCUCUCCGCGCUCCCUUCUGCCAUCUCCGCCAGCCCGACGGGCGCGAUGGCCGUCGACCUCGGCGCCACCUUCGCCUGCGCCAGGGCUCGUCGCGUCACCUUCGCCUGCAUCUGGCUCUUUGUCCCGCUCGCGAUGGCUGUGUGGCCGCAGCGCGACACGGUGGCCGUCUCGGCGCUCGAGGAGCAGUUCCAGGGCCUGAAGGAUAAGCAGAGGAGGCCGAUCGAGUUCGUCGAGUACAACAAGGGGCUCUAG